CUUUGACCCUGUAAAGUCACUGCCCGGAGCUAAGAUGGCGGCAUCGGUGGCAGCUGCAACCCGGAGGCUGCGGCGGGCCAUUCGAAGGUCGCCCACAUGGCAGAGCCCCAGCCAUCGGCCGCUCUCAUCGGAGCCCGCUGCAGCCCAGGCCUCGGCGGUGAGGGCUGCCUUUCUGAACUUCUUUCGGGACCGCCAUGGCCACCGACUGGUACCCUCCGCUUCUGUGCGGCCCCGCGGCGACCCCAGUUUGCUUUUCGUCAAUGCUGGCAUGAACCAGUUCAAGCCCAUUUUUCUGGGCACCGUGGAUCCACGAAGCAAAAUGGCAGGCUUCCGACGUGUGGCCAACAGCCAGAAAUGUGUGAGAGCUGGAGGACACCAUAACGACCUGGAAGAUGUGGGACGAGACCUUUCCCAUCACACCUUCUUUGAAAUGCUUGGCAAUUGGGCCUUUGGAGGUGAAUAUUUUAAGGAGGAGGCUUGUAGCAUGGCCUGGGAACUGCUGACUCAGGUCUAUGGGAUCCCUGAGGAAAGACUCUGGGUCUCCUACUUUGAUGGUGACCCCAAGGCAGGGCUGGACCCAGACCUGGAGACCAGGGACAUCUGGCUGAGCUUAGGGGUGCCUGCUAGCCAUGUGCUUUCCUUUGGACCCCAAGAGAACUUCUGGGAGAUGGGGGAUACUGGCCCUUGUGGGCCCUGUACUGAGAUCCACUAUGACCUUGCUGAUGGGGUGGGAGCCCCCCAGCUGGUAGAGCUUUGGAAUCUGGUCUUCAUGCAACACAACAGAGAGGCAGAUGGAAGCCUGCAGCCCCUGCCCCAGCGGCAUGUGGACACAGGAAUGGGCCUGGAAAGGCUGGUGGCUGUGCUGCAAGGCAAACACUCCACCUACGACACUGACCUCUUUUCCCCGCUGCUCAGCGCCAUACACCAGGGCUGCAGGGCACCCCCUUACUUGGGCCGGGUAGGGGUGGCAGAUGAGGGGCGCACAGACACAGCGUACCGCGUGGUAGCUGACCACAUCCGCACACUCAGCAUCUGCAUCGCUGAUGGCGUCUUCCCUGGGAUGUCAGGUGCCCCGUUGGUUCUUCGUCGGAUCCUCCGUCGAGCUGUGCGUUUCUCCACAGAGAUCUUAAAGUCACCACCUGGCUUCCUAGGCAGCCUGGUGCCUGUAGUGGUGGAGACAUUGGGAGAUGCUUAUCCGGAACUACAGAGGAGCUCAGCCCAGAUAGCCGACCUGGUGUCAGAGGAUGAGGCAGCCUUCCUGGCCUCCCUGCAGCGGGGUCGGCGGAUCAUUGAUCGGACUCUGAGGAGCCUGGGGCCUUCAGAUAUGUUCCCUGCUGAAGUGGCCUGGUCCUUGUCACUGGCUGGAGACCUGGGGCUUCCCUUGGACCUGGUAGAGCUGAUGCUGGAGGAGAAAGGGGUACAGCUGGACUCUGCUGGGCUGGAACGGUUGGCCCAGGAGGAAGCUAAGCACCGGGCACAGCAGGCUGAGCCAGUUCAGAAGCAGGGAUUGUGGCUUGAUGUCCAUGCGCUGGGGGAGCUGCAGCGCCGAGGAGUGCCCCCAACUGACGACAGCCCCAAAUAUGACUACUACUUGCGACCGAGCGGAGGUUAUGAGUUUGGUACCUGUGAGGCCCAGGUGUUGCAGCUGUAUACAGAGGACCUGACAGCAGUGGCCUCCGUGGGGAAAGGCCAGCGCUGUGGCCUCCUCUUGGAUAAGACCAACUUCUACGCAGAACAGGGGGGCCAGGCUUCAGACCGUGGCUACCUGGUGCGGGCAGGGCAAGAGGAUGUGCUGUUCCCAGUAGCCCGGGCCCAGGUCUGUGGGGGUUUCAUUCUGCAUGAGGCAGUAGCCCCUGAGUGCCUGCAGAUAGGGGACCAGGUGCAGCUUCAUGUGGAUAAGGCCUGGCGUCUGGGCUGCAUGGAGAAGCACACGGCCACCCACCUGCUGAACUGGGCACUGCGGCAGACCCUGGGCCCUGGCACAAAGCAGCAGGGCUCCCAUCUCAAUCCUGAGCGACUGCGCUUCGAUGUGGCCACCCAGACCCCACUGACCCCAGAGCAGCUCCGGGCAGUGGAGAACACCGUGCAGGAGGCUGUGGGGCAGGAUAAGGCCGUGUACAUGGAGGAGGUGGCCUUGGCGCUCACUGCUCAGGUCCCUGGCCUGUGCUCUCUGGAUGAGGUUUACCCAGACCCUGUGCGAGUGGUGUCAGUGGGGGUGCCCGUGGCCCAUGCAUUGGACCCGGCCUCUCAAGCUGCACUGCAGACCUCUGUGGAGCUAUGCUGUGGGACGCACCUGUUACGUACAGGGGCUGUAGGGGACCUGGUUAUCAUUGGGGAGCGCCAGCUUUCCAAAGGCACCACCCGCCUGUUGGCUGUCACAGGGGAGCAGGCCCAGCAGGCCCGAGAGCUAGGCCAGAGCCUGGCCCAGGAAGUGAAAGCAGCCACUGAGCGGCUGAGUCAAGGGAGCCGGGAUGGGGUGGAGGCACAUCGGCUAUCCAAGGACAUAGGACGACUCAUUGAAGCUGUGGAUACUUCUGUGAUGCCCCAGUGGCAGCGGCGGGAGCUGCUGGCCACACUGAAGAUGCUGCAGCGGCGUGCCAACACUGCCAUCCGUAAGCUGGAGAUGGGGCAGGCUGCAAAGAAAACCCAGGAGCUGCUGGAGCGGCACUCAACGGGGCCUCUGAUUGUGGACACAGUCUCGGCUGAGUCCCUCUCGGUGCUGGUGAAGGUCGUACGACAGCUGUGUGAGCAGGCCCCCAAUACAUCUGUGCUCCUACUCAGCCCCCAGCCUGUGGGGAAGGUGUUGUGUGCCUGUCGGGUGGCCCAGGGUGCCACACCCACCUUCACAGCCGAGGCCUGGGCACUGGCAGUGUGCAGCCACAUGGGGGGCAAGGCCUGGGGCUCAAGAGUGGUGGCCCAAGGCACCGGAAGCACUGCUGACCUGGAAGCUGCCCUCAGCACAGCCCGAGCCUAUGCCCUCAACCAGCUCUGACCCAGGCCCACCCAGGGACCCGCAUGGACUAAAGGCAAGUGCCAGGAGCCCUGAAGGAGCCAGCAGAACUCCCCACAGGCUGAAACAAGGACUAGAGACUGGAGGCCAGCAGCUGAGCCAAAGAGAACCACGUGCACCAGGCCCUGCAUGACACAAGAAGAUACGGGCUAGGGAAGGCAGAAGUGGGCCCAGAGACACACCCCUUGGUGAAUGAGAAGACAUAUGGUUGUGAUUGCACAUUAGAAAUUAUUGCACAGAGGAUAGGAAGCUCCAGAAGGUUCUAUUACUUUGAAAAAGAACAGUGUUUCCCCUCCCAGCAACAUGGUAUAGGUGCCCUAACACCAGUCUGAGCUCACACUGUCUGAAAGGCCACCUGGGAUCCAAAUUGGGCCAUCCUCAUUGCCAUGAGUGCUCAGACAGGCUCUGCAUGCCUGGCAAUGGUGGGCACCAACAAAGGGCUCCCUGGCUACUGGGAAGAUACAGAAUCAUCCUGUGAAAAUCAUUUCAGCAGUGCAGACCCUCUUUACUAUCACUUCUUUCAUUAACAGUGACCUCGGCCAGGCACGGUGUCUCACACCUGUAAUCCCAGGACUUUGGGAGGCCAGGGCAGGUGGAUUUCCUGAGUUCAGGAGUUUGAAACCAGCCUGGGCAACACAGUGAAACCCCAUCUCUACUAAAAUACAAAAAAUUAGCCAGGCAUGGAACUAUGGCCAUGUGCCUAUAGUUCCAGCUACUCAAGAGGCUGAGGCAGGAGAAUUGCUUGAACCCAGGAGGCAGAGGUUGCAGUGAGCUGAGAUCACGCCACUGCACUCCAGCCUGGUGACAGAGCAAGACUGUCUCAAAAAAAAAAAAAAAAAAACCCUCUAAUUUAAAUUGGGCCCUGCUGAUUUGUUGAUAACCUGAGCAACUGAGAAUGUUUCGAGCACUAAACUAACGAUUCCUUCCUUCAUAGAGUCUGCUUCUUAUGGAGGAAACAGGCAAUAAAGCAAAAGAUAAGGGUCAGGUUUUGUGGCUCACAACUAUAAUCUUGGCAUUUUGUGAGGCUGAAGUUGGAGGAUCACUUGAGGCCAGAAGAGCUAGAACAGCCUGCACAAACACAGCAAGACCCUGUCUCUAAAAAAAGAAAAUUGUGAUCUUUCUGCCUCAGCCUCCCAAGUAGCUGAGAUUACCCACACCUUAGUCCUAGCUACUGGGGAGGCUGAGGGGGGAAAAUCACUUUAGCCCAGGAGUUCAAGGCCGCAUUGAGCUAUGAUUGCACCACUGCACUCCAGCCUGGGCAACAGAAUGAGACCUUGUGUCAGACGGUGAUCGGGUCUGGGGGGAAAAUACAGAUCGGAGAUGAGGAGUGUGGAUGGUGGUACCUCCCUCACCAAGAGGCAGCAUGUGAGCAGGGAACUGGGAGGUGAGAGUGUGCGCCAUGUGGAAAUCUAAGGGAAAAGCAUUCCAGGCUGAGGGAACAGCCAAUUUGGAGACUGUGAGGUGGCCAGUGCCACUGAGCAGUCAGCUGGGAUAGGAGCCGGUGAUGAGGUUGGAGAUCGGGGUCAGACAAGCAAUAUGCUGAUUAAAACAAGUUGUACAGCACCUGCCUCAAGCCUGAGCUGAAGCUGAAAAUUUGCAGCUCAAAGCAAGAGGAAGCCAAGAGGUGGAGGGGAGCCCUCCUUCCCUAUCAGAAUGAGUCCACCUCAGACAGCCAGACCUCUGCCUGUUGGACCUCUGCCUCUGUUCCUAGAUCUCUGUUGCUAGAUGCAGGAAAAGGCCUCAGGGGACCCAUCUUCAAAUCAAGGGCUCCCUGGCUACCAAGUUCUGUCUAGUAAAAAUUAUUUGAGCAGCGUG